AUGAGCUCUGCUGGUUCUGCAAGGGUUCCAAAGAGGAGACGGACUACCAAGACGUCGGAGGCUGCAGACCGGCAACUUCGGGAGCGACAGUUUCUGGACCUGAACUUGUUUCCAGCUGUUGAAGUAGCCAGUACUGGGGGUUCACUCUCCAUUAAUGAGCCUGUCUCACGCACGCAGCCCCCUCCUACGGCGGCUGCCCUGCUUUACGAGACCACACAGGUUGUGGUGUCAUCUGCUGCUGCAGGGUCAAACAUUGGCAUGAAUAGUUUCCCCAUCAACGUGGAGGUGAUUGAUGAUGAUGUUGCGAUUUAUACCUCAGGGCCGCCCCCUCAAUUUCUGUUUCAGGCAAGACAACAGUCGUCCAGGACAGGACCUAUCACUGUGAUAAUAGAUGAUGAUUCUGAAACUACUGCUGGACCAGCAGGGGAAGCUCUUGAUGAGCAUGUGAACACUCUGCUGUCUCUGGGAAUGAACCCGAGGCACAAUCCCUCGAGAGCACAACCCAACACCGACCUUGUAAUAAACAUAGUAGACACACCUGAGACCAACAACAUACCGCCCAAGGUGGUGCAGGCUGUCCCUGAACCUGUGAAGGAGAUCCCAAAGGAAACAAAGUUCAGCUGUCCAGUCUGCAUGAAUGAGCUGGUCAAUGCAUCAUCGACCAUCUGUGGCCACAUCUUCUGCCAGAAGUGCAUCAAGGCCUCCAUCCAGGCUCAAAAGAAGUGCCCUACCUGCCGGAGGAAGCUGACCAUGAGCAACUUCCACCGGGUCUACCUCCCGACGGCAGAUAAUUAA